AUGUUUUCUUCAUCAACGACUUUUUGACUUGGACGGUGCAAUUCUUGUGUAAAAGGUAUUUCCUUCUUGGUGGGCAAUCAAAGCUAUUCAUCCCAAGGGACAUCGGGGAAAAAUGACGACGACGUCGCACCCAUCAUCUCACCCAACACACCUGGACCCUAGCGAACUAGGAACAAAGGAGUAGUAUUUGGGAUAGAUACUACCAAAACGACCUCGACAAUGAUGACUCCGAUGCCGAGGAGGAAGACGAUGAUCAAGCAGGAGAUGCCGAACCACCAGACCCAUCAGAUCUUGAAUCCUGGUUCGACGACGUCGGCGCACCGGCGAAGACUCUCGAAUUUUUGACGUCCGACUCGUUUCCCUUGUCACCUAACCACACCGGCCGUGGGAGCGCGCCAACUCGAGCGCCUACAGUCCUAGAUCUCGGCACAGGCAACGGCAGUGCGCUGUUCUCUUUACGUCUCGAAGGUGGCUAUGCAGGCCGCAUGAUCGGCGUGGACUACUCGUCUCAAAGCGUCGAGUUGGCGAGGAAGUUAUGUCGACAAUACUUCCCACCUUCGAGUUCGAGUCCGAGUCCACCGACCUCGACCUCGAUCUCCGACGACGGCAAAAUCACUUUCGAAGUGCUGGAUCUGAUCAACGACGAUCCGACUGCUCAGCCGUGGUGGCCACGAGACGCGGCGCAGGGACCACCGAGUGGGUUCGACUUGGUUCUGGAUAAGGGCACGUUCGAUGCGAUUUCGCUGUCCUCUUCGACCACCACCGAGCCCUCGACGGGCCGGGUCAAGAGAAUAUGCGAGCUCUACCCGUCGAAAGUGCUGGAUAUGGUCAAACUUGAUGGAUUUUUAUUGGUCACGAGCUGCAACUGGACUGAGGACGAGGUUGCCUCGUGGUUCACGGGAGCUGGAGCAACUGGAAGCGCCAACGAGACUGGCAAGUUCGAAGUAUACGACAGGAUCAGGUAUCCUGUCUUCGAAUUUGGAGGACAGAAAGGGCAAGGGGUGGCGAGUGUGUGCUUCAGGAAAACAAAAGGGACGAGUUGAUGAUCUUUCAGUCAUAUCUCAUUUGAGCCAGAAUAUGGCAUGGCAUCAACGUUACCGGUCUGCCUCUCAUGGAUGUGUUCCAAGGCUUAGGCAAAAUUGUGAACCUACUACGGCUGUGAAAGGAGACAAGAUGCAGCUAACUCAUCAGCAUGUUCACAGCCCAAGGCACGGACAACUGUCGCAAGUCGCCGUAGUGCUGGCCGACACCGAUAAACUGCACAGGGACUGAAGUAGCAUGGACCAGACUGAUCAUGGUUCCGAUGCCGGACCCAACAGUAUCAAUCUUCGAGACAAUGAAUCCAUCCAGCUUCCGGCCCUUCCCCAGCGCUUUGGUGAAAUUCUGUGCCUGGCCGACCGAGUCAUUUCCAACCAAUGCUUCUGCGACUUGCAGCACCAGAUCCGGUCUGGCGAAGUCGACAAGCUUCUCGAGAGAUGCCAUGAGCUGAGUGUUUGUGUGCGCUCGACCUGCAGUAUCAAUCAAAACAACUUGAUAAUUGUUGGCGGCAGCGAAUGCUACUGCAUCUUUGGCCACAUUGGCAGCAUCCUUGCCGUAUCCCCGUUCGUAGAUAUUGACCGCGCCGAG